AUGAGUUCGAGCCAGCCAGGGACCUGCUCGUGUCGGGGUGCUGCAGGCCGCCCGGCCAUUCUGUACGCACUUCUGAGCCCUAGCCUCAGGGCCAGGCCCUCUGUGCCCCCAGCCCGUAGUCAUUGCCUGUGCAGGCAGCACCGGCCUGUCCGGCUGUGUGCUCCCCAUCGCACCUGCCGGGAAGCCUUGGAUGUUCUGGCCAGAACAGUGGUCUUCCUCAGGAACCUGCCGUCCUUCUGCCAACUGCCCCCCCAGGAUCAGCAGCGGCUGCUGCGGGGCUGCUGGGGCCCCCUCUUCCUGCUGGGGUUGGCCCAAGACACUGUGACUUUCGAGGUGGCUGAGGCACCAGUUCCCAGCAUACUCAAGAAGAUCUUGCUGGAGGAGCCCAGCAGCAGCUCAGGCAGCGGCCAGCUGCCAGAUCGACCCCAGCCCUCGCUGGCUGCGGUACAGUGGCUUCAGUGCUGCCUGGAGUCCUUCUGGAGCCUGCAGCUGGGCCCCAAGGAAUAUGCCUACCUGAAAGAGACCAUCCUCUUCAAUCCUGGUGUGCCGGGCCUCCACGCCUCCUCCCACGUUGGACACCUGCAGCAAAAGGCUCAUCAUGCUCUGUGCAAGGCCCUGGAGACCUGGUGCCCAGCAGGCCAGGGCCGCUUGGCCCGUGUCCUCCUCACAGCCUCCACCCUCAAGUCCAUUCCGCCCAGCCUGCUUGGGGACCUCUUCUUUCGCCCUAUUGUUGGAGACACUGACAUCGCUGGCCUCCUCGAGGACAUGCUUUUGCUGAGCCAACCUGUUCCAGCCCAGGCAGAGAUCAAGUGCUCCCUCUCACCUCAACGAGCGUCAGAUCACAGCCAGUGA